CGCCGCGGCGCUUCAGGCGCACGUGGGCUGAGCCGGGCAACCGCCCGAUCCUUGAGGCGGGCCGAGAGCUUUGGAGCGAAGGUCCCUGCGAGGACGAGCGGGGCCGGAUCCACCGUCGCCACCUCCCGCAGCGCCGGGCGCUGCCGGCCAGGUCCCUCCGCCCAUGAACCGGAAAAGUGGGGGUGGCGGCGGGGAGGCGGCGGACACUCACCAUGGAGUUCUCAACGGCAGACUACAGCAUCUUCGUGCUGCUGCUGGUGCUGUCAGCGGCCAUCGGGCUGUUCUAUGCGCUGAGCGGCGGGCGGCAGCGCACGGUGCAGGAAUUCCUGCUGGCCAACCGCAGCAUGGGCUUUUUUCCCGUUGCCCUGUCCCUGCUGGCCACCUUCCAAUCUGCGGUGGCCAUCCUGGGGGUGCCGGCAGAGAUCUAUCGCUUCGGCACCGAGUACUGGUUCCUGGGCUGCUCCUAUUUCCUGGGGCUGCUCAUCCCCGCGCACGUCUUCAUCCCCGUCUUCUACCGCCUGCAGAUCACCAGCACCUACGAGUACUUGGAGCUGCGCUUCAACAAGACCGUGCGCAUCUUUGGCACCAUCACCUUCAUCUUCCAGAUGGUCAUCUACAUGGGAGUGGUGCUCUACGCUCCCGCUCUGGCACUCAAUGCAGUGACAGGCUUUGACCUCUGGAGCGCGGUGCUCACCAUCGGGCUUGUCUGCACGUUGUACACUACACUGGGAGGGCUGAAAGCUGUCAUCUGGACCGACGUGUUCCAGACUCUGGUCAUGUUUGCGGGGCAGCUGGCUGUCAUCGUGGUGGGCGCACGGCGCGUGGGGGGCAUGGCCCGCGUGUGGCAUGUGGCCGAGCAGCAGGGCAAGAUCUCCAGCAUUGACCUGGACCCCGAUCCCUACGUGCGGCACACCUUCUGGACGCUGGCUUUCGGGGGGGUCUUCAUGAUGCUGUCGCUGUAUGGCGUGAACCAGGCGCAGGUGCAGCGCUACCUGAGCUCCCGCAGCGAGAGGCAGGCGGUGCUUUCCUGCUACGCCGUCUUCCCCUGCCAGCAGAUCAUUCUGUGCCUCAGCUGCCUCACCGGCCUCGUCAUGUUCGUCUAUGACCGUGAGCACCCACUGGUCCCUAGCGGCACCCACAUCUCCUCUGACCAGCUGGUGCUGUACUUUGUGAUGGACGUGCUGCGGGACCUGCCGGGGCUGCCUGGCCUCUUUGUUGCCUGUCUCUUCAGUGGCUCACUCAGCACCAUCUCCUCUGCUUUCAACUCGCUGGCGACGGUGACAAUGGAGGACCUGGUGCGGCCGCACUACCCUGGGCUGUCAGAGUCCCGUGCCACGCUGAUCUCCAAGAUCCUGGCUUUUUGCUACGGGCUCCUGUGCCUGGGAAUGGCUUAUGUGUCUUCUAUGCUGGGCCCUGUGCUGCAGGCGGCCAUCAGUAUCUUCGGCAUGGUGGGGGGGCCGCUGCUGGGGCUCUUCUGCCUGGGGAUGUUCUUUCCCUGUGCCAACCCCACAGGUGCGGUGGUGGGACUGCUGGCUGGGCUGGCCAUGGCCUUCUGGGUGGGCAUCGGCAGCCUGGUGGCCAACAUGGGGGGGGCCACCCCCCUGGCUAACAGCACCGUGCCCCCCCCAAUCAACUUGACCACACCAACCACGAUCGCUACCACACUGCUCACCUCCACGACACCCCCCCCUAGCUCCACAGGCCUGCAGAAGUUUUACAGCCUCUCCUAUAUGUGGUACAGCGCCCACAACUCCACUACUGUCAUCGUGGUGGGGCUCCUGGUCAGCCUGCUCACUGGUCCCACACCGCCCUCUGCUGUGGAUCCCCGCACCAUUUUCCCGGUGCUGCCACGGUUGCUGUGCUGCCUGCCCGCCCGCUACCGGCAGUGGCUGUGCUGCGGGGUGCGCUUCCCCACACAGGAAGCCCCCCACCCGUCACCCACAACCGAGAAGCAUGUUCCCAAUGGGCUGGGCGCUGCCCCACGGGAUGACGCCGAGGAUCAGGGCUACGGGCCACCCGCCUAUGCGCUGCAGGAGACGGCCUUCUGAGCGCGACCGGGGGACACGGCACUCCCGCAGGGCUGGUGCUGCCCGGGGUUGCCGUGGGACCAUGAUGUGGAGCGAUGCCACGCUGUUAUCUCACGUUACCCACAUCUCAAUAAACCGUUCUUGAGAGCA